AUGAUUUGCUUCAAGUUCCCUAUGAAACUCAUUAAUGAUCCCCACCGAAUGGCAGCGAGAUUUUGGUGGGGUUCUUCAGAAAAGAAAAAGAAGAUCCAUUGGUGUAAAUUGACAAAGUUGUGCAUGCCCAAAGAGAGGGGUCUGGGAUUUAUGGAUCUGAGUAAUUUUAAUCAAUCUUGGCUUGCUAAGCAGAUGUGGAGGAUAAUCAGGAAUCCAAACUCUCUUUGUAGAAAUGUCCUCAAGGCUAGCUAUUUCCCUAACAAAAGUAUCGUGGAAGCUUCUUGUGAUUAUAAGGCCUCUUAUGUGUGGAGAAGUUUUAUGUGGGAAAAAGAGAUUAUUCUUAGUGAGUACAAGUGGAGAAUUGGUGAUGGUAAUGAUGUUAGAGUUCUCCAAGGCCCUUGGCUACCGAGACUGGUAAGCUUUAGUGCUUUUGAAAAACUGCACCUCCCCAAUGACCUCUUUGUGAUAGAUUUGAAGAAACAAAAUGGGGAGAGGGUUGAGAAGUUUAUUCUAAACAACUUUUGUAGGGAUGAUUCUGAGCUUACCCAAUCAGAAUAG